GCAAGUGUCAGAAUAUUGUCUGAGUCGGACAUGAUCUACUUUUGUUGUUCAGUCACUGUAUCACUGAAAGGUCAGUUUUGAAAGUGACACUUUCAUUCACGUGUGAAUUUUUACAGUGCUUGUUUUAUCGCGACAUGAAUUUUGAUUUUGAUGGAUUUGUUUUCACCGAAGUGCGUGUUUUUAACUCUGCUGGUUCAGGGAUAACAACAGACAGGACUGCGGUCACUACACAGGUCACUACACAGUUAUUCUGCGCCACUGCGUGAUCAAGCUGGGUGCUUGAAAUAGAACCAAGGCAGCUGUGUCCGAAAAUAACCCCUCACGCACCCCCACAUGGGGCAACUGUCUCCUCUACGGUAGAGCCCCGUGCAGACACAGGCACACAGAAAGCACGCAUAGACAAGGUUAGCGGGAAGAGAGACAGAGACGAACGAGUGAGCAGAGAAAGAGAAAGGAAAGCGGGAGAGAGUGGGGAGAGAGAGAGAGAGAGAGAGAGAGAGAGAAACCGAAGGAGAGGCGGUGUAGCAGUGAGCAGUGAAAUGAAGACUCUGCGGUUUCUGGCGGCGGAAGGCGUAGCUAACGGGCGGACGAGACCGGAGGAUCUUUGCUCGGUGGCCUAUGAUCUUUACCCGGUCCUGUUCAAGGCCUGCUACCUGCACGAGCGGCCGCAGCUGCUGCGCCACCUAGUGGAGGCCUGGCCGCUGCCGCAGCUGGACCUGCAGGGGCUGCUGGGACGCACGGCGGACUGCCCGGAGGACCUGACGUCGCGCACGUGCCGGCUGUGCCUGGAGGCGCUGCUGACGGGGCUGCGGGACCAUGUCCUGCGCGCCAGCGCCCCCUACGCCCGGGCCAUGCGCAUGGCGGACCUGACGGCGCUGCGGGACGCGCAGCACCAGGGCUGCGCCUGCGGGCGAACGCUGGGGCGCUGGGGCCGCACCGAGCUGCUCACGCGCAUGUGCUGCGACGCGCUGCUCGCCACGCGGGGGGAUGCCCCGCCCGCCGCCCCGGCCGUGGACGUGUGGCUCAACGCGUUCGUGACGGGGCGGAACUUUGAGGCGGUGUCGCGGGUGCUGCUGCUGCGCCAGCACUCGCCGCUGCGGCCCUGCCUGGCGGGUUUCCGCGGCGACUCGCUGACCCUGAAGCAGCUGUUCCAGGCGCUGGCGCUGGCGGGCACGGAGCACCUGCAGCGGCUGGAGGUGGUGCACAACGUGCCGCUGGAGGCCGCGCACCUCCACCUGCUGCUGAAGGAGCUGGCGUUCCCCCGCCUCCGCGCCCUCACCCUGCCCACCGGGGCCCUGGACGUCCGCCGCCUCCAGCCCGACCGCCUCCACCUGCUCACCUCCAUCGGCGAGCAGCUCAGCCAGCUCACGGAGCUCACGCACCUUUACCUGGCCUUCUCCACCCUCACAGGACACCUGCGCCGCCUGCUGAGCCCACUGCACACGCCGCUGCAGGCGCUGGAGCUGGCCAACUGCGGGCUGAACGCGGUGGACAUGGCCUACCUGGCCAACAGCCUGCACGCGGAGCACCUGGGCAGCCUGGACCUCAGCGGCCACGACCUGGCCACCGUCUUCCCCCGGACCUUCCAGAAGCUUCUCCAGCGGGGCGGAGCCUCGCUGCGCAGCCUGACGCUGGAGGAGUGCUCCCUGGGCGAGGCGCAGGCCGACUUCCUGCUGCAGGCGCUGGCGCCCUGCCGCGCCCUCCGGGAGCUGAGGAUCCUGGGAAACCCGCUGGGCGUGGCGGCGCUGCGGCGGCUGUUCGGCGCGCUGGCGGCGCUGCCGGACCUGCGCUACGUGGAGCUGCCCGUGCCGCGGGACUGCUACCCGCCCGACGCGGUGUACCCGCUGGACGAGGCCGCGCUGGGCCAGUACGACCGGGCCGGGUUCGAGCGCGCCCGCGCCGAGCUGCUGAGCGUCCUGCAGAGCGCCGGCCGCGCGGACGUGGAGGUCUGCACCCCGCUGUUCGGCGCCUUCGACCCCGACAUCCACGAGACCAGCAACGAGCUGGGCGUGGCCAUGCUGCACUCCUUCAGAGAGGCCCUCGGCAACUACAUGUACACUGUGGCACACAGAGAGUGAGACUACACACACACUACACGCACACGCACACACACACGCAUA